AUGGUCCGGCUAUCAAAUUCCAUAACUGCAGCUCUGCUUGCGGUCACAACCUUUGCCCAGCGUCUACCGACUCCACCCACUCCACCCAGUCCUCCAAGCCCGCCUAGUCCACCCAGCGCCCUUCCCAGCACUUUCGAAUGGGUAUCCACAGGCCCUCUAGUCGGUCCAAAGAAUGACGGCCGCGGCAUCGACGGCAUCAAAGAUCCCUCCGUCGUCCUCAUAGACGGCAAAUACCACGUCUUCGCCAGCACAGCAAGUGAGAAAGACGGCUACAACCUUGUCUACUUCAGUUUCACCGAUUUCAACAAAGCAAACGCAUCCACCUUCUACUAUCUAGACCAGAGCCCCAUCGGAACGGGCUACCGUGCUGCUCCUGAGGUCUUCUACUUCACUCCUCAUAAGCUCUGGUAUCUCAUCUAUCAGAACGGCAAUGCCGCGUAUUCUACAAAUAAGAACAUCAGCGAUCCUGCUGGCUGGAGCGCUCCAAGCAAUUUUUACAACGGAACGCCAGCUAUCGUCACGGCGAAUAUCGGCGAUGGAUAUUGGGUUGACAUGUGGGUAAUUUGCGACGAGGCCGAAUGCCACCUCUUCUCCUCCGACGACAAUGGCCACCUCUUCCGCUCAUCGACUUCACUUGCGAAAUUCCCACAAGGCAUGAGUGAUCCCGUGAUCCACUUGUCUGCGCCUAAAUAUGAUCUGUACGAAGCAUCUCUUAUGUAUAAAGUUGGGCCCAAGAAAUACCUCCUGAUCGUCGAAUGUAUUGGUAAAGCCGGGUUUCGAUAUUUUCGAUCUUGGACGUCGGAAAGUAUUGCAGGAAUGGCGACUCCGCUUGCUGCCACGGAAGAGAACCCGUUCGCUGGGCUGACUGAUGUUACCUUCAACGGACCUGUGUGGUCGAAGGAUAUCAGUCACGGAGAGGUGAUCCGGACUCAAGUUGACCAGACUUUGUCGAUCGAUCCGUCUAAUAUGCGCUUUUUGUAUCAGGGCAAAGAGUGA